AUGAGUUGCAACAUUAAGGAGACCAUUACUGUGUCUAGCAAAGGCAGGAGCAGUGGUGGCAGCUGCAUCAUUGGUGGUGGUGGCGGAGCACGGAUUUCUUCCUAUGGGAUAGGCAGUGCCAGAGGUUUUUCUGGAAGGAGUUACUGCGGUGGAGUGAAUUAUGGAGGGGGGUUGAGUGUUGGUAGCUUGGCUGGUGGGAGCUAUGGAGGUGGCAACUGCUAUGGCAACGGCCUUGGUUUUGGCCUUGGAGGUGGUGUGGUUGUUGGUGGUCUUGGUGGCGACUGUUUGCUUUCAUCCUGCGAUGAGAAGGUCACCAUGCAAAAUCUCAAUGACCGCCUGGCCUCCUACCUGGACAAGGUGAAGUGCUUGGAGAAGGAAAAUGCUGAGCUGGAAUGCAGGAUCAGAGAGUGGUAUGCUACACAGGGCCUCUCCUGUGAGCCCCGGGACUACAGCUGCUAUUACAAGGAGAUUGAAGAUCUUCAAAAUCAGAUCGUCUGUGCAACCAUUGACAACAACAAGAUCAUUCUGGACAUUGAUAACAGCAGGAUGGCUGCCGAUGACUUCCGUGUGAAGUACGAGACGGAGCUGGCCCUGCGCCAGAGCGUGGAGGCUGACAUCAACGGCCUGCGCCAAGUCCUGGACCAGCUGACACUCUGCAGGUCUGACCUGGAGGCACAGCUGGAGUCACUGCGGGAGGAGCUCUGCUGCCUGAAGAAGAACCACGAGGAGGAAAUGAAUUGUCUGAGAAAACAAUCAACUGGGGAUGUGAGUGUGGAGGUCAAUGCCUGCCCUGGACCAGAUCUCAGGCAAAUCUUGGAGGAUUUGAGAUGCCAGUAUGAAACACUGAUAGCGCGCAACCGCAAGGAAGUUGAGGAUUGGUACGAGUGCAAGAUUGAGGAGGUGAAUCGGGAGGUUAUUACAAGCGGUCAGGAGGUAGAGACGUGCAACAACCAGGUCACUGAACUGAGACGCCAAUUGCAAGCCCUGGAGAUCGACCUCCAGGCUCAGCUCAGCCAGAGAAAUAAUUUGGAAUCCUCUCUGGCUGAGACUGAGUGUCAAUACAACAACCUCCUCGGUGAGCUACAGACCCAGAUCACGUGUGUGGAGCAGCAAUUGGCAGAAAUAAGAGCAGAAAUAGAGUGCCAGAACCAAGAAUACAAGACUUUAUUGGACGUUAAGUGCCGUCUGGAGCAGGAGAUUCAGACAUACCGGUGCUUGUUGGAAGGAGGACAGCAGGACCUUAUUCAUGGAGGAGGAAUCGGAGGGAAUGUAGGAGGAGGAGUCAUUAGGACAAGCCACACUUACACUACUACUACAGCUUCCCAUUGCCAGCCCCAAGUCCCACCCUGCAAGACUGGAGACAUACAGGUGACCUGCAGGAGAAUUUGUGAUUAA